GCAGAACAAAGUGUCGCGCGCCCUACUGAGAGGCCAUAGUUGAAGCGCUAGUGAUUUGCUAGGCUGCAUAUCAUUGUCAAGGAAGGUUCCUGCUCUAUACUUCAAACUCCCCUGGUGCACUGCUUGUGUGUGGCCCUGAAACAGCUGCAGGAAUUAAGGGAUUCCCCACGAAGCACGGACAAGACAUCACCUUUAACGGAUGUCUGAGACUAUGAAUCAGGCGGAUGAUCAGGCGCAGCAAACUGCGAGACCUGUUCAAACUUUUGGACCUGUGGGCUACAUGCUGGGUCCUGUAGGUCCGGCUGUGUUCAGGCCGUUUUGGCCAGGACAAAUUCCGGCGAGUGCUGCACAGGGUCAACCGAUACAGCAGCAGCCAGUUCCAGUACAAAAUACUUCUGAACCAAAACCUAGUCUUCCACGUUCGGUAUUCUUGUUGCCUCCGGGAGAUCUGACUUUCUUGGACGACAUUAGCGGACUAAUCAUCAACGUAUCUCAUGUAAAAGGUAGACCGGCAUGGUUCGCCGUCCGCAAUAGCGAAAAUGACAAGACCGUCUGUUACUUCAAAAUCGAACGAGUCACCUGUGAGAGCCUCUGCUGCUGUGCAAACUCCGCCGCAGUCUUGACAGGUGUAGAUACGCAGUAUCGUCGUGUGCUGGAUCUGUACCGACCAUUCCGAUGCCAGAGUGGAGUCAGAGGAUAUGUCUGCUGCGGCUGCUCGAGACAGGAAAUGCGCGUGAGCGAUGCCUAUGGCAAUAAAAUUGGCUUUGUGUUCGAGGAUGCCACCUUCUGGAGAGUGUCAUUCUCCAUCUGUGAUGCGUCUAGAAAGCCCUUCCUGAAGGCGGAUGGCCCUUGCUUCUACCCGAAUUUGAAUGAAGACUCAACUUUUCAGGUCCAGCUGCGAAAUUUAAGCGGGGAGGUAGUGGGCUAUAUAAAGAGAGAAACCCGCCAAAAGAAGGAAAUAUUCGUCGCUUCAUUUCCAAAAGGGCUGAGCAGUACAGAGAAGGCCUGCGUACUUUCCUGCGCAGUGUUGUCGCGCUUCAUGGUGUGCGACUGUGGCCACGUCACAUGCUGCUUUGUUUGUUCUGUGUUCCUCUUAUGCUUCCCAUGCUGUUGCUGCAGCCUUUGCAUGGCUGACAGGGAUGAAGAAGAGUGAAAUGUUGCAGAUGCGCAUCUCACCGACGCCGUAUAGUUCUCCACCAGACACCUAUUGCAUGUAAUAUAAAGUUGGAGUUGAUCAUCUUACAAUUCGUUAUAAAUAUCCAUCUACGUGCUUA